AUGAAGAAUACUACACAGAUUCUACAAUGGCUACUGGUGGUUGUGUUUCUGGUGGUGGUGGUGGUGGACACUACAAGUAGAAGAAGUGAAGCUAAAACACUGGUAUCUAUGGCGAACCUAUUGGGUCCUGAUUUGGUGAUGAAUGUUCAUUGCAAAUCCAAAGACGAUGACUUGGGGGCUCAUAGUGUCCCCUACAAAGUUGCCAAUUACACUUUCAGAUUUGAGCCAAACCUUUGGGAGACAACGCAGUACUGGUGCAGAUUCGUAUGGACAGGCGGUGAUCACUAUUUUGAUAUUUAUAUCGACAGGAGGGAUGCAUUAAAAUGCAACGAAGUUUGUACAUGGCAAAUUUAUACCGAUGGUCCUUGUAUGUACGACCGCUACAAAGAGGAGUACAGUCUUUGCUAUGACUGGAACCCACCCAAGUGA